CAAGUCUAAAGGCUAAAACCCUCGCCUCUCAGUCAGAAUACCGUGUUGAAGGAAUCAAGACAGGAUAGAGUUGAUUUCGCAACAGCUAUGGCUUGGCGUGGCUCGCUUUCCAGAUCACUGCUCUCCACUGUCCGGACCUCCACCUCCCGCUCUUCUCCACCACUCGCUCGCCUCCGUCCGCCACCAAUUACCGCCUCGCGUGCUCAAUCCCGCCGCUUUUCCUUCACUGACCCCAGGACAUUGGGAGGACUAGCGGCCGCGCAGUCAUUGAUGCCGCUGCAUAGCAUGGCGGCGGGAUCUCGGUUGACGUCGCAUUUGAAGGUUGACGUGCGUGCUUGUUGCGAGCUGUCUCACGGUACUUGAGCAACUUUUCUUGUGGGGAAAUGAGGUGCUAGAGCUUUGGGCUUGCCUUGCCCGUUGCUUACUACAUCUUAUUGGACUAUGCUUUUGGAUGCAGAAAAUAAUAGUACUACAACAUAUACUAUGUUUCCAAGUAGAGACUAACAUUCUUUCUCAGAUCGUUGUCAUUUUAUGGAUGAAGUUUGAGCUAUGAUUGUGGACAAAUGCUUUUAGAUCUAUGGACAUUCCUUCUUGACUUAUAAUCUGGAGUUAUGCCCAUAAUGUUCCCAAUUUGGAUUUUACCCAUUCAGCAGUUCUGGUGUCACAUGUUGAUGUUGAACAUUAAGGGUUCAUUUGAUUUAUGUCUUUAUGUUGCUCCAAAUUGUGGAGUUGCUUUCAACAGGACCCUGGAGUGCAAUAAGUAAUAGGCUUAUUGAGUUCAUGGAAAUCUGGUUGAAUCUCA